AUGGUCGCUUUCCCUCACGUCGGCGCUGGUCCCUACGGCACCAGCAGCAGAUCACCCUACUCCAGCACAACCGAGACUCCCAAGCUCGAUGCUGCGGAAAUCGAAGAUAUUUUCCAAUCCAUGAAGAACUCCCAAGAGCAAGUUGCAGUUGCACCAAGCUCCUCUAGCCGCUUCAGAUGGUUCUCGCGACAGGUCCAAGGGUCCCUCUCAAUUGAUCCACCGAUCUCCACCGAUAACAGCCUCACUGAUGCAUUGUCAAUCGCAGAACCAACCGCCCCCGUUCACCCAUCACCACCACCUCCUCCCCCUCCUCCCCGAUCGCGCCUCCGCCGAAUUGCAGGCUUCACGACCAUCGCCAUCCUAGCCUUCACUGCAGGCCUAACUUACCAAACAAGCAAAACAAUCUCGCACCUCAUGGCCGCACCACCCGCGACCGCCGACGGUCUCCCCGUCUAUACGCCAGUAGACGACGUCGCCUUCGAGAUCAACGAGAAAACCCGCACACGCCCCGAAGCCGAGCGCCUACGCGCCAAUCCAGACUUCAAAGAAGCUCGCCCCCAUCUGAACAUCCCCGAGCCCAUGCGCGAGCGCAUGCUCACAGCAGGCGCCCUCUCCGGACCGAACAAGAUCGUCGUGCCACCCUACGUCUUCAGUGAACGCGGCGGCAAGAGCAUGGUCAGCCUGAUGUAUCUUGGAUCUGACGUGUGCGGACACCAGGGUAUUGUUCACGGUGGACUAUUGGCUACAUUGCUAGAUGAGGGCUUUGCGCGCUGCUGCUUUCCCGCAAUGCCGAACAAGGUUGGCGUGACGGCGAGUCUGAAUAUCGACUACCGGGCGCCCGCGCUAGCAAAUAAUUACUUUGCGCUCAGAGCGGAGACGGUUCGUCAGGAGGGGAGAAAGGCGUGGGUUGAGGGCCGCAUUGAGACUCUUCCUGAAGAUGGGAGUGAGCCUAUUGUGCUGGUUGAGGCGAAGGCGUUGUUCAUUGAGCCUAAACAGGCGGCGGUAAGUGAUAUCUGUUCCUUGUUCCUUGAUCCAUUCUGUUGCCUCCAAUUUCUUCCCCUGGUGGCGGUGUAA